UGACACCCCUCAAAUCUGAACUGAAAAAAGGCUGGCUGUCCAAUCGGCACGUGUUUUUUCCGCCCACGAGACCGUAUUUGUACGGAUGAUAGGUGUUAAGCAGCAAUAAAGACUUUUUUUUCCUAGUGUGAGAAUUUGGACUCACUUUUUUUUUUUUUUGCUGUUUUCACGCGGGUCAAAGCUCCUCUUGCUCUUCUGAGAAAUUCGCCUUUCCUGAACUUGUGAGUGCCCCCUCAAAAAAAAAAAAAAAAAAAAAAAAAACGAAAAAAAACGUUUUUUAGGAAAUGAGCCAAAGUAGCAGAGAGUCAUUAUGCCCGGCGGGGGACAAAGAUGUGCAGCCAAACUCGGAGCAAAGUGGCUUUUUAGCCCAAAAGUCAACAGGAGGGGAGAAUAGCCGCUUGAGGGAAGCCGACAACGUUUGCUGUCAGAGGACGGUCGUCCUUCGCAAGGAUUCGGCUCUAGCCCCGCGCCGCGUGGGCGACAGUAUCGCUACCCUCUCGGAGACCGCCCGGGAGCUCGGCGAAGCGGUGUCCGUGUCUAUGGGGCUUUCCAACGAAGAGGUGCACUCACUCCCCCGGGGCGCCUCCAACGACCAUCUUCAGUCCGGGUGUUACUACCAAGCGGGAGCCGCUAUGUACAGGUGCUCCCCGGGGCAAGAGUCCGAGUCCAGGCAGACGUCUUUGGAGCACUCCAAGUUCACGCACGGCAACUCUUGCGAGUUAACUUCCAGACAGCACGAGCGCGCCAAUUUAUCCACCGCACCGACGUGCACUUUCACGGCGUCGUCGUCGUCGUCGGCGCACCCGAACCUCGAAGUGGUACCUUACGAGCCCCCGUCUUCGGGCUUCGUCGCCGGGUACCCGUUUGGCUCCACUAUCAAGUCAGAGGAAGCGAACGACGAGACGCAGUGGGGCGGCAAUUACAGUCAAGGGGCCCGCUUCAACUCGCAGCUUUGGGGGUCCAGGCAGUGCUUGUCGACGCCGCAGUCGGGCGGAGCGAACGCGGCGUUUAUUUGCGAGCCGUACGAGAGGAGCUCCGGACGUAACGAACAGUGGUACCCCGCCUGUGGCAUGGUAAUGCCGCCUUACCCCGGCGCCAGCAGCAUAAAAACCGAGGAGGCUCCGUGGCUAGAUGUCACCUACAACGACUCCAGGUUUGAGAUGAGCAGAGAGCACAUGAUCCCCAUGGAGUUCUUCUACCCGCCACAGAGAACAUGCUUGAUUUGUUCGGACGAGGCGUCCGGGUGCCACUACGGUGCGCUGACUUGCGGCAGCUGCAAGGUUUUCUUCAAAAGAGCGGCAGAAGGCAAGCAGAAAUACUUGUGCGCCAGCAAGAACGACUGCACCAUUGACAAACUGAGGAGAAAAAAUUGUCCGUCCUGUAGGCUGAUGAAGUGCUUUCAAGCCGGGAUGACUCUAGGAGCACGCAAACUAAAAAAGAUCGGACAGCCGAAAAUUGCCAAAGAUCAGGAUCCACCGGCGGUGAUCCCGAGUUUGUCCAUUAAAUCCAACCUGAACCCCAACAUGAAGGGGGUCUUCGUUAACCUCCUGGAGUCCAUCGAGCCGGAGGUGGUCAACGCGGGCCACGAUUACACUUUGCCCGACUCGGCCGACACCCUGCUCACCAGCCUCAACCAGCUUGGAGAAAGACAACUAGUCAAAGUCGUCAAAUGGGCGAAAGGACUCCCAGGUUUUCGCAGUCUCCAUGUUGAUGACCAAAUGACCGUCAUCCAGCAGUCGUGGAUGGGUGUGAUGGUGUUUGCCAUGGGGUGGAAGUCUUUUCAAAACGCCAAUGCUAGAAUGCUGUGGUUCGCGCCGGAUCUCGUCUUCAACGAAAACAGGAUGCACGUCUCCACCAUGUAUGAGCACUGCAUCCGAAUGAGACACCUGUCGCAGGAGUUCGGCUUGCUUCAGAUCACGCAGGAGGAGUUCCUCUGCAUGAAGGCCCUGCUCCUCUUCAGUAUUCUUCCGGUGGAAGGUAUGAAGAGCCAGAAGUACUUCGACGAGCUGCGGCUCACCUACAUCAACGAACUGGGCCGCCUGGCAGUCAGCUCCGAGAGGUUAUACCACCUCACGCGACUGAUGGACUCCCUCCAGAUAACCAUCAAGAAGCUGCAUCAGUUUACAUUUGACCUGUUCUGCAAAGCUCAAAAGCUGCAAACCAGGGUGACCUUCCCGGAGAUGAUCGGCGAAAUCGUCUCGGUCCACGUACCAAAGUUGCUGUCGGGUUUGGCCAAUCCCAUUAUGUUCCACAAGUAGAACGUACGAGUCCCAUCUUUCAGAAAUAGAGCAUCUUUGCUGCCGGCAUAAACUGUAAAAACAAAAGGCUUUUUACUGUUUCCUGACAAGUAUGAGCUCAUAUUCAUCUUCUCUGAUCAUUUUAUUUCCUCUUUUGAAGCCAUAUUUGACUUUGCUUUUUUUUUUUAACAAGGGUGACGGGUGGGUGGGUAGGAAGGGCGUUUUCACAACCUCUCCAGCUCGUCUUUUGCGGUUUAGUCAUUCUGAGCUGAGAUGGAACAAAGCAAACACACACACACACAAACUAAGUCUGGAAAUCAACUUCACACUUGACCGGCAGGCGAAAAAACAUUUUCUUCAGACACUUCAUUAGGUACACCUGCAUGAGUUCACGCCUGCAAGAUUAAAAAAAAAAAAUCCCCAAAUUCUGGCUUCAGUAAGCUUAUUUUGUGGGCUUUUGGAUACGUGUGGGCAUUGCGUCUUUUUAAACGCCACAAUGAUGGUCACAAUGUGCUUUUAGGGGCAUGUUGAAAAAUAUAAAGUGUCCUUUUAGAGUUUUUACACUUGAAAAAAACAAAAAAAUCAAUUUAACAUAUCAAAAUUAGGGCUGUCAAACGAUUAAAAUUUUUAAUCGAGUUAAUCACAGCUUAAAAAUCAAUUAAUCGUAAUUAAUCGCAAUUCAAACCAUCUGUAAAAUAUGCCAUAUUUUUCUGUGAAUUAUUGUUGGAAUGGAAAGAUAAGACACAAGACGGAUAUAUACAUUCAACAUACUGUACAUAAGUACUGUAUUUGUUUAUUAUAAAAAUAAAACAACAAGAUGGGAUUAACAUUAACAUUCUUUUAAAGCGAUCCAUGGAUAGAAGAACUUGUAGUUCUUAAAAGAUAAAUGUUAGUACAAGUUAUAGAAAUUUUUAACCCCUCUUAAUGUUUUCGUUAUAAUAAAAUUUGUAAAAUUUUCAAUCAAAAAAUAAACUAGUAGCUCGCCAUUGUUGAUGUCAAUAACUACACAAUUCUCAUGGUGCUGAAGCCAUAAAAUCAGUCGCACCCAAGCGCCAGCAGAGGGCGACAAAACUCCAAAAAACACAAGUAACAAGUGCAUAUGACCCUGUGCUGUCAUUUUAAUCUGUUUGAGCGGGGCAUGUGUGUUAAUUGCGUCAAAUAUUUUAACGUGAUUAAUUUAAAAAAUUUAAUUACCGCCCAUUAACGCGAUAAUUUUGACAGCCCGAAUCAAAAUGUUAUUAAAGCAACACUAGGUAACUUUCCAACCUUUCUAAAAUAUUUUCAUAACAUUUGUGAUGAUAUCUCGACUAGGGCUGCAGCUAUCGAUUAUGUUAGAAGUCGAUUAAUCGAUACCUAUUUAGUUCGAAUAAUCGAGUAAUCAGAUAAGGAACACAAAAAAUUUAAAUUCUUGAGCUGAGCCUCAAACGAUAUAUUAAAAGAAAAAUAAUGAGGAUCUAUGUACAACAAAAGAAUAGUUGGCUAACUUACAUAGCAAAAGUCUGCUAGCUUAAAUGCUAUAAAAUGCUAACUUUUUUUUUAACAAUGCUCUUAACAAAUGGUUCAGACACAUAUUCCCAUAAAAAAUGGCUAAAUAUACCAAUAAACUAAAUUGCGAAUGCGUUUAAAAAAAAUAAGCUAAGUUUUUGUUUGAGCUAAUGUUGGUCUUAACAGGGAGCAGAUAGAUUCAGCCAUGUGAAAUGAGGUAGACUAGAGGGCUGUGUAGCCACCCAAAAUGAAUAAAACAAUGCAAACACUCUCAAAACAAACCUUGACAACGCCACUUUAAUUAAAUGACUACUCGAAGCAGCCAAAUUUAAUUCGAAUCUUUUUUCGAAUCAAAUACUCGAGUUAAUCGAUUAAUUGCUGCAGCACAAAUGUUAUUAAAGCAACACUAGAUAACUUUUUAACCUUUCUAAAAUAUUUUCAAAACAUUUGUGAUGAUAUCUCGACUAGGGCUGCAGCUAUCGAUUAUGUUAGUAGUCGAUUAAUCGAUAACUAUUUAGUUCGAAUAAUCGAGUAAUCGGAUAAGGAACAUAAAAAAUUAAAAUUCUUAAGCUGAGCCUCAAACGAUAUAUAUAAAAAAAAAUGAGGAUCUAUGUACAACAAAAGAAUAGUUGGCUAACUUACAUAGCAAAAGUCUGCUAGCUUAAAUGCUAUAAAAUGCUAACUUUUUUUUUUUUACAAUGCUAUUAACAAAUUGUUCUGACACAUAUUCCAACAAAAAAUGGCUGAAUAUACCAAUAAACUAAAAUACAAAUGCAUUUAAAAAAAAACAUUAGCUCAAACAAAAACGUAGCUUAUGUUGGUCUUAACAGGGAGCAGAUGGAUUCAACCAUGUGAAAUGAACCCAAAAUGAAUAAAACUAAAUGCAAACACUUUCAAAAUAAACCAUGACAACGACACUUUAAUUAAACAACUGCUCGAAGCAGCCAAAUUUAAUUUGAAUCUUUUUUUCUAAUCGAAUACUCGAGUUGAUUAAUUGCUGCAGCACUAAUGUUAUUAAAGCAACACUAGGUAACUUUUCAACCCUCAUAAAAAAUAAAUCAUAAAUUCAUAACAUUUGUGAUGAUAUCUCGACUGACAACUUAGUUGAAGGACACCUCUUCUGUAUUUUGAGGGGGUCUGUAUCACUUCCACCGGCACUUAUUUACUUGGAGGAGGGUGGCAGGAACCCUGCCAUACAAAAAAACUACAAAUUUGCUGGCUGACGCUUCGGCAUGAAUUCUGCAAAGAUGGCAGAGCAACAAAAGAGACAAAAAGUUUUGUCUGAGGAGGAAAAGUGAGGCACACCAGGAUAUACAAAAUAAACAGUGCUAAUGAGCUUGGGUGGGGUUGGGGGGUUAGCCACACGAUUGCUAACCGUCAUAUGCUAUUGUUUAGCCACAAAUGGAUUAAUUCCAUUAUUAUUUUUCAUCAUUCACACAGCCACUGGAAAAAGAAAUGUUGUUUAAUCCAUCUGCAGGCGACCAUUAUGAUUAUAGGGGAGCCUAUCUCAGUCAAAGCUGAACGAGUUGAAACUCAGAGCUUUUUCCGUUGAAAAUUCUUGUGAAGAAAUGCUUAAAUCACUGAAUUCUGUAUAGAUAUGGACGUAAAAUAGUCUCAAUUCUUGGUUAAAAGCAACAACAAAAAAAACGUGCAGGUAGCAUUUAUUUUACGUAAAUAUUGCCGACUAUGAGGCUAGUCAGUAAGGAAAUUAGCAACCGCCACAUGUAAAUAAAAAGCUUUUUCCAUUGAAAAUUCUUGUGAAUAAAUGCUUAAAUCCUUGAAUUCUCAAAAUAUGAUUCUAAUUCACAUAAUCAUGCUAUUUAAGAUUUUUUUUUAUGCUGUCACAGGCACUACCAUUUUUGUCCACCAGUGUCGCUAAAAUCGACCAAAACUAAAAAGUUACCAAGUGUUGCUUUUAUUACCCACCAUGCUCACGCGAUCUUGCAAUCCUCGCGUGAGCCGCUCAAGCCGCUCUGCUCAUAAAACUCAUCCUGAUGAAAUUGGGGGCGAACGUCAUCAAUGCGUUGACGCGUAGGUAACACCUGGUGUAAAACCGGGGUUAAUACACUCACGUAAAUCUGUCGGAACACCUCAUGGCGAAUGAAGAGGACAUUGUGAUACACACAUACAUAUACAGUAGAGGUUCCUCUUAGCAAAUUGGGUGCCAGGAAGAUGCUAGGCAUUAGCCAAUGGCAGAGCAGCAGUAAGUAUGUUACCUUCAGUAAACUCUGGAAGCUGUAGUAGUCGCCCAUACUGUAUUUUUGCCGUUCGUAUCCUGAAAUUUCUGUCGUAACAAGAGGCGAUAUUUCCCGUCGAGGUGUGUCGCAACCUAAAAAUUCCGUAUGUAGUAACUUUCGUAAGUAUAGGUACCACUGUACACUACAAGGUUUGACACAGUCAAAAAUAGACAGUAUAUAUAUUGCCAAUUGAUUUCAGUGUAAUUCAGUUCAACACCACAGUAAUAAUAAAUAUAUUGUUGAAUUAAUACCUUUCUAACAGUGUCGUUGUGGGUUUCCUUUGUAAAGAAAUUUUGAUACAGCUUUUGUAUUGGAUCCCUUUUGGCCAGUCGUUGUGUGCCAUCUGGUGCGGACUACUUCAAAAAAAGUUAAGACGGCCAAAAAUGUUAAUUAGUUGUUCUUUGUUGGAAUCAGGCAAUCAAAAUGUGUUUUUUAAAAGGGAAGAAAUGUACUUAGGCUGGAUUUACACUGCAGCUCCAAAUGCUUAAAUUCAGAGUUCAUGCCUAUUAUGUGUCUAAUCAUUUAUUCAUAUGGAUUGAUGCGUUGGUAGGUUGAGCAAAAACACAAAAAUGUAGACUUCACUAUCAGGUGACUGGAUAGCUCCGAAUGACAUUGUGCCACGGCUCCCUGUAGGGGGCCAGGCCAGGCAGAGCAUCGUGGAAGCUUUCAUUGCGAUAAACUCAAACAUACACUGCGUUUUAUGGGGCGCCGUUUGUAAAGCAGCACAUGCUGAAAAUUACGAUAAUAU